GGAUUGAACACAACAUCUUUCACAAAGCUUCAAUGAUAUUGCCGACUUCUGUUAAGGCUUCCAUCAUAUUGCCCUCCUUGGCGGGAAAAAGGGUGAGAGAGGGAGCUGGCAGGAAAAAGGGUUUUUUCAAGGCUACCGUCAUAUUGCCCUCCUUGGCGGGAAAAACGGUGAGAGAGGGACGUGGCGGGAAAAAGGGUGAGAGAGGGAGGUGGCGGGAAAAAGGGUGAGAGAGGGAGGGGGCGGGAAAGUGGGACAGAAAUAGCGGGAAAAGGCGGGGAAGAAAGGUGCACCGGAGACUGACGAGUGCGGUCGUACGACCGGUCGGUGGAUCGAUUGGUAUUCGUGGGCCAUUUGGGAGCUCGCUACGAAGUCCGCGAGCGUUGGUGGUCUGUUUGUUGCACGUGGUCAUCUUGUAGCAGGUCUUUGUCAUACGUAUCCACUCACCUGAGGUGGUGAAUUUGCGGUCCUGGGAAGGGCAUGUUUUGCUGAAGAUGCUUGCAGGCCGUUCGCGGAAAGGUGCAAUCGUGCAAUAAGGCUGGAGGCGCCGGGGUUUACACUCGCACAGAGUGGUGGACGUCAAAGGGUGGAAGUUAGGGACAGCGGGCGCCUGUUCGGCCCCCUAAUGUGGCGAGUAGAAGAGGAAGUGCAGCCUUGGUUGUGUCCAGUGUGCACAACUGGGGAAAGGAGGCCAAGGUUGCACCUCCAAACAUGUGCUGAUGUGGUGGUGGUGGUUGGACAACUGUACUGUGCAGCAGUCGGAAACUAACUGACUGAUCCGUAAAGGCUCUGACAGGUCAGAUGCAAAAAGUCAGACUCCUGAUGAUGCUGGCACGUUCAAAUUGCGAUCUGAAAGAAAACGUGGCACCUUGGUCAGCGAGAUAGCUGUGACUGUGUGAAAGAGCUGCAUGCUCGGGUAGCUGUGCACUGCAACAGGACUUGGCCCUCCUCUCUUGGCUGAUUGAUCGCUCUGCGUACUCAGCUUUUAGCUUUUCCCUUCGUGCAGUGCUGAAGAAUCGAAGUCCAUUCACAGUUAUCGGCUGUUUGCUGUUUCCAAUAGUCUCGUGACACCUGCUUACGGUUUGGUCUGCAUCAUUGCCUAUGUUUCUUUCUUUUCUUUGCUGCGAGCAAACUUGCGGCGUUUGCUCUUUAGCAUUUUCUCUCUGAAUGUCCUCGUCGCCGAUAUUCGCUCGCUGGAAGGGGCAGGGGAACAGCGAGGCCUGCCAUUUACCGCUUUCAAGACCAGGUUCACGCCAGUGCUCCUCUCGCCAACGAUCGCUUGCUGGCUGGUGCACACCAGCAAGGUCUAUCUAAAGCUUGUCAGCCAUUUGCUGCUUUCGAUCGCCAGGCUGAUAUUCUUUGCUCCUUCGUGUACGUUGUCGGCUACUUCAAUACGCCGCCGGGAAAUUUACUGUCUGCUGUUCAGUGGUUUCUGUCCUACACAUUGUCCUCUCCGGCUACAGUUGGGGAAGCGAUACCUAUGGGUUCUGUUGCAUUUCCAGACCUUGGCAAACACUGCUCUGUUGAGAGUUGCAAGCUAAUCGACUUCCUGCCGUUCCAGUGCGAUAAGUGUGACAAGCUGCGAACUUCUCCGAACACUAAGCUCCAGUAUCUCGGCGAUGGGAGGCAGCUUGGUGGUCAGCAAAGAGGAUGCUGUCCGCAUGGGGUUAGGAGAGGGGGAUCGCUACAAAGGAUGCUAUCGUGGUGUCGGGUUAACUCUUGCUUGUCGUUUACUCUGUUAGAGGGCAUGGCUGCUGAUGGGCGAACAACAGCUCGAAGCGGUCAUCGUGGGCGUAAUCAUGGGUGCCGGAACUCUUGCCCCUUCAGCAUGGCAAAAUGUCGGCUGAUGAACUUGCCAGAGACCGGGGCAUGGCGAAGACGAAACGUUGUGGUGGCAGCGACUGGUCAGUCCGCCGAACCCUCCCAGAAGGACUCGCACCCGGGACAAGGGCGCAAGGCGGGAGGUGCCAUGCCUUCUCUGGCAUCCCUGAAGCCGCCGCCCUUCGGGGAGCGGUUGCUUGACAAUCUGCUCAAGUUGACAUCAACGCCAAUUGGGUCGUAUGUCGCUGAGCCGGUCACGUCCCUCCACAGACUAGAUCCACGUGUCAAGCAGGCAUGGCUGAUAGCGUGUGUGUUGCUUCCAGCUCGUGCGGGAUGGGUUACCAGGGUGAAUCUAGUAAUAGCCCUUGCGGCUGUGGCGGUGGCGGCACUGCCUCAAAACCUGUGGAAGAACCAGUUGCGGAAGCUUGCAGCACUGUGCCUCUUCAUAUUCAUCACGACGGUCCUCGGUACGGACGGAAUUCCGCCAAUUACCCAACCGCGCGUCCCCCCGCCGCACUUAGAUAAGCUGGUGCCCAUUCGGCCGGCUCCUGGGGGUUAUUCCUAUGUUCUCCUGAAUGCGGGUCCCAUACUGGUGACACGUAGAGGGCUAUCGUUCGGGUUGAUAGCGGCCUGUUUGUCGUUUUGUAUACUGGAGAGUGCGAAUCUGGUUCUGACGACCACGACUCCCGAGCAGCUCACGGCGUCACUGAGGUGGUACCUUCAGCCUUUGAAAGUCGUGAAGGUGGAUGUUGACGAAGUCGUGCUCACUCUUCUGCUGUCCUUGCGCUUCAUGGGUGUUGUAUUCGAUGAGCUGCGAAACCUUGUGCUCGGAGCAGUCGCCCGUGGAGUCAAUUGGGAGGUGCUGAAGCUGCGCGGAAGUUUCGAUGUGCUGUGCGCUCUUUUCGGAAGGCUUUUCGCCAACCUCUUUCGUCAUACUGAGCUCAUUGCUGAGAGUAUGAUCAUUAGGGGGUUUCGAGGAAGUGCGAAACAACAUCGCACUUUCCUUCUUUCUGAGCUAUCGAUGACGCCUUUAGAUUGGGCUAAUGUUGCGGUGUUCUGCUUGGAGCAUCGGACAUAUCAGAAUCAUCAAUGUGCCAAUGCGAAUACGGGCGACGUGGCAGUCCUGGUGUGUCCCAUGUGUGCGAAAUCAGUUAGGCUUGUACCGAAUGAAGAUCCAAACAUCACGUGGGAGCGACAUGUUCAGGAUGGGUGCGAUCCAAGCAAUUACGAAAGAUUGACACAGAAGAAGGCAAAAUGCCCCGUUCCUGGGUGCAAGGAAGUGAUGACCUUUUCGAACAAGGUGACGUGCAAAGAGUGCCACGUGGAAGUGUGUCUGAAGCACCGAUUCGGACCCGACCAUAACUGCCGGCCAGGGUCUUCCGGCUCGUCUAGCCAUGGAAAGGGCCUCUCAUCGCUAGGGGAAAAGUUCUUAAAAGGUUUGUCUACGCGUCUGUCUUCGGGCAUGCCGUCCCUCAGCGGCGCGAUGGCGGCUGUGCCUGCGAAAGCUUCUGCGGAGUACGCGUCGCCCGUGCCUGGAAAGAGCGGUCUGAAGUUGCCAAGCGGAUUGUUCACGCAUCCGCCAGCAUCCGCAGGAGGUUCCGAAGUCUGCCCGCAAUGCAGCACAACGUUUGGAUCUGUUGAGGCGCUAAUCGAACACGUAGAGUCGACUCAUCCUGUAGCCGCCCCAAGAGCAGGAGGAGGGGCCCAGGGGGGUGCCGGCAGUGGUCUGCCACGUGUGCCAGUCGCUAGACCGAUAGACAAUGUGAAUGUGUGCCCACAGUGCGCACAGGUCUUUGACGACCCCGUCGCUUUGGUAGACCAUGUAGAAACGCAGCACAAGAACUCUGCUGCUGGCGUCCGGCGAAGUUUGGAAGCCACAGCCGAAAGGUGUCGUGUGUCCUAGCGUCAGCACGACAACGCGCCACGCGUUAGCAUCUGUUGAAGUUUCUAUUCGUCCUCUGUAUUCUUUGCUUAGUGUGGCAGGGUGUCGACUCCGGCACCCGACCCUUCCGUAAGGAGGCGGUGCUCUCCUUGUGUGUGCCGAAAAUCCUGCAGCUUCCCAGAGUUUGUCCUGAGGGGUGGUGGUGGAGGCGGAAGACAAGGAGGAGGAGGAGGAGGAGAAGGAGGAAGACAAGUGGUCUCACUUGUCGAUAAACGCUCGCUCCUUUUCCACGGUUCGGCAUGGUGCGGCACUGGCUCUGCCAUUCUUUUGCCCAUCUAUGCGAAGAUGAGUUGCUUGGAAGCGUCCAGCAUCGGAUAUGCUGCUUGUGUGCAUGUGGGACUUCAACAAAACGUUUUUCGUUGACUCAACUGCAGUUGGAAACCGCAGCGAUUUUUUUUGGGAUCAGAUUGUACCCGUCCGUGAGGAUGCGCAGUGUGCACGAUGGAGGUAGUCGAGGGGGAAUGCGCACCCUGCAAGAAGAGCAUUGUUAACAUCCGCACAUCGCAUCCAGCUCUUGCGUUUGUCUUUAUUUUCCAUAUUAUUUCCUCUUUAGACUCGUUGUGCUCACCCUAUCUGGAGCCGAUAAUGACGGCUGGGAUCAGGGGGAAGAACCUUUGGACCUGGUGGAAGAAUGUAGAGGUUUCUUUUGUUUGUUGGUUAAUGAGCUGAUGUCUUUUUGCUCAGUGGAAGUGCUGGGAAAUCACUAUUCAAAGAUUAAUGACAAGCAUGGAGAUAGUGACGGAAUAUGUCUAGCGUUGGCACACUAGAUCCUUGCCACAUCUGGGGUUGUCUACGUUGGGGCUCGCGGGCUGGGAGGAGCAAGGUUCACAGAGAGACCACGAGUCUCUGUUAAACACAAAGCAGGUAUGAACGAAUGCUAUCUGGUCACCUCGAUUAGAUAUGCACCGCGAGUAAGGGGCUUCUAACCCACAGAGAGAGAGAGAGAGAGAGAGAGAGAGAGAGAGAGAGAGAGAGAGAGAGAGAGAGAGGUGCUCAGAGAGAGAGAGAGAGGUGCUCAGAGAGAGAGAGAGAGAGAGAGAGAGAGAGAGAGAGAGAGAGAGAGAGAGAGAGAGAGAGAGAGAGAGGUGGUGAAUCCUGAUGGAGAGAAUUAAGUGGCGGCUGAAGGAGGGACACUUUUUCUUGACGAGCAAGCAGUCCCUAAGAUGAGGUGGUGCUAAUGUGCGGACGAGAAGUCUUCGUGCGAAACCCUGUUUGCUGGUCAUGUUUAUUCUGCAGUGAUGGUUUCGCCGUAAUGGUGUCGUCAGGCGGCGACUCGCAUGUUUUAUUAUGGGUUUCACUUUGAGGGGCUCGGUUCGUUUGUUCCCUGAUGAGAGAAGUAGGUUUGAAGGACAGUUGGGCUCCUCGACACUUCUGAGUCUUUCUGACUCUUCUGAGCCAUUUUUCGAUCGCCGAUGAUGUUGAUGACUGAAACCGGACUUUUUGCUUGAAAGCAACAACUGCCAAAUGAUCUAGAGUACGGCGCGAGCAGCGAUUGGCUAUUUGACUUUGGCUAUUUGGCUAAGUGGAAAGCUGAUUUCUUUGACAGCUGGCUUUCUGGUUGUGUCAUUGUCGAUUAUGUUGGUUAUCGCCGAACGUAUCGGCAAUCGAAAGCUGGUAUCGCUCGAAGUGGUUGCGGCGGCUAUGGCAAAUUUAUACUAGGAGAAGCUACUGACAGUGUGCAUGGGCUAUUGGGUAUUGGUUAGCAGAACCUGCUUGCAGCGUCUAUUGGGUAUUGGGUAUGGGCUAUUGGAUAUGGGCUAUUGGCUAUGGGCUAUUGGGUCUGCAUGCGGCGUCUAUGGCUAAUUAGCUAGUAGAAGCUACUUGCAGUGUGCAUGGGCUAUUGGGUAUUGGCUAGCCGAACCUGCUUGCAGCAUCUAUUGGGUAUUGGCUAUUGGGUAGUAGAAGCUGCUUGAAGCGUGCAUGGGCUGUUUCCUAUUGGCUAGUAGAAGCUGUUUGCAGCGUUUAUGGGUUAUUGGCUAUUGGCUAUUGGCUAGAAGAAGCUCGCGGCCGGACGAUGUAUUGCACGUCUCUUUGCUUAUGUGGCUGUUCUUUGUUGUUACCUGUCAAUGUUAAUGUCUGCCUCUGUUCUGUGCAUUGUUGCAUUAUAUAUUGGAUAUUGGCUAGUGGCUAGUGGGUAGUAGAAGCCGCUUGCAGCGUAUAUGAGCUAUUGGUUAUUGGCUAUUGGCUAGUAGAAGCUGCUUGCAGCGUCUAUGGGUUAUUGGCUAUAGGCUAGAAGAAGAGGCUCAUGUAUAUUGCAGAUCUCUCCUUGCUUAUAUGGCAGUGCUUUGUUGCUACCGUGACAUUUGUUGAUGUCAACGUUAAUGGCUGCCUCCAUUCUGUGCACUCUUCAAGCGUCGACAUGUUUUGAAAGGGCUAGGAUCAUCAGUUUCCAGUUUGGGAAAGGCAUUCAGGAUCAUCAGUUUCCAAUUUGGGAAAGGCAUGCUGCGCUGACAUGACCCUAAUUUUAUUUUCGUUC